GCCGUCGAGACGGGCAGACGAAAAAUAAGUGAUUAAUAUUACAUAAAGAGCAGAUAGAUAUAUAUCUGAUAUAUAUACAAUAUAUAUAGAGUUGGUGUGUUAAGUGAAUCAUGUUGAAUAUGGAAAGUGCGAGUGCCGGCGCCUCAUUAGCGGGCUUGAGCAAGACUCUGACUACGCCCUUCUCGAUCAACGACAUUUUGACGCGCAGUCAGCCCGCGCGUCGCAUCUCCGAUCCGGAGCCCGAGUUGGAGCUGCAAGUGAGCAAUAAGUCGUGCUGUCGCGAUCUCAAUCUCUACAAGCUGGCCCAGGAGCAGGCUACCAGUGCCCAGCCGUCGAGCUACUUGCAGUUCUAUGCCCUGGAUAACAACAAUCCGGCCAGCUCCUCCUCCGGCAGCCCCGCUGCCAACUCGGCCGCCUCUGCCUCAUUGCAGCGCAAAUUGAGCUACUUUGGCGCCGCUCUGUCCGCUGCGGCGGCACCCCUUGACAUGCGACGCUGCACGAGCAACGAUUCCGACUGCGACUCGCCGCCGCCGCUGAGCAGUUCGCCUGCCUCCUGCGGCGCAGGCGGCUAUGGGCGUGGCGGCUCGCCGCUCUCCCACGAUGAUAGCCUGAGCGGCGCUGCACUCAGCCGCAAGAAGCGCUCGCGUGCUGCCUUCAGCCACGCCCAGGUCUUUGAGCUGGAGCGUCGUUUUGCCCAGCAGCGCUAUCUAUCUGGACCGGAGCGCAGUGAGAUGGCCAAGACGCUGAGGCUCACCGAGACGCAGGUGAAGAUCUGGUUCCAGAACCGCCGCUACAAGACGAAGCGCAAGCAAAUCCAGCAGCAUGAGGCAGCGCUGCUCAGCGCCACCAAGCGUGUGCCCGUCCAGGUGCUAGUGCGCGAGGAUGGCAGCACGGCCUACAUGAGCCCUGGAGCAGCAGCAGCAGCAGCAGCGGCUGCCUCUGCCUACCCACAUGGCCUGGAUCCGGCUUUGCUCAACAUCUACCGGCAUCAGCUGCAACUGGCCUAUGGCGGCUUGCCCUUGCCCCAGGUGCACUUUCCGUAUUUCUAUCCGCAUCCAAAGGUGCCGCAGCCCAUCCCGCCGCCAAGCAGCCAGCAGAGCGCGCUCUCCACCAGCUAUGUCAACGGCUCGUCGGCAUCCUCCUCACCGGCUCGCAAUCCCAGUCCCGGACAGACGGCGCAGGUGCUGUGCGUGGAAAGCGGCGCCGACAGCAACCACUCGGCCACCGAAGACUGCGAGGAGAAUGUGGAAAUCGAUUGAGAGUAUUGAGUAUUUCUUUAAAUUUGCUCAUUGUGAUAGCAAUCGAUGUGGGUUCUCAGUGGGAGAGACUGAGGGAGGUGAGAGUGGGUGGGAGAGAGGGAGGGAUAAAGAUAAAGAUUCCCUGUCGAGAGAGAGUGUUAGAGCGAUUCUCUAGCUGAUAGCUUUAGUAGCUUUAAGUUUUAGUAGUAUGUAAAUAUAUGUUAAAAUCUUUAUGCAAAUAAAU